AUGCCUCGUUCACUGUCCAACGAGGAUGCACUCAGCACCCAAGAGCGACCUUCCUUCUGGUCCCGUUUCGGCGGUGCCUUCAGCGGCGCAGACCCGAGAGUCUGUGUCGCUUUUUGGUUAUUCGGCUUGAUCAACAAUGUCAUAUAUGUGAUCAUUCUCUCCGCAGCCGUAGAUCUAGUCGGCCCAGAUGUACCCAAAGGCGUCGUUCUUCUUGCGGAUGUGGUCCCCUCGUUUGCGACCAAGCUCAUUGCCCCAUAUUUCAUCCACAUGGUCCCGUAUUGGAUGCGCGUCCUCAUAUUCGUCUUCCUAUCAGCUGUCGGCAUGCUGGUCGUGGCCAUGAGCCCGAGCUACACGGACGGCGGUACAAUUUCGUCCAAGAUGGCGGGCAUCAUACUGGCUAGCUUCUCCAGCGGUGGUGGUGAGCUGAGCUUCAUGGGUCUCACGCAUUACUACGGCCCAUUCAGUCUGGCUGCGUGGGGGAGUGGCACGGGUGCCGCUGGGCUGGUUGGGGCAGGUGCUUAUGCCUUGGCGACCUCGGCGCUGGGGCUCUCCGCUCACAUCACGCUAUUGUUCUCCGCGUGUUUACCUGCGUUAAUGUUGCUGAGCUUCUUCGUCGUGCUACCCAAGUCGCCUCUGCGAUCUGCCGAGUCCACGGAUCGGUACCGCGUCAUUGAGGGCGGGGAAGAGGUGGAGGAGGAUGAGAUGGAUGGUGGACGUGGAGAGAACGAGGGACUUCUGGGGGUGUCGCACGGUGCCACCACUUCUCAAAAGUCCACGGAACUUGGUCAAAAUGGUUCUUGGAAGGACCAGGCAUUGCUGAAUCUACAUCGGGUGAAGGGACUGUUCAUCCCAUUUAUGGUUCCAAUGCUGCUCGUUUACAUUGCCGAGUAUGUGAUUAAUCAAGGAGUAGCACCGACCCUCCUUUUCCCCCUGCGCGAAUCGCCUUUUGAGCACUUCCGAUCAUUCUAUCCCACCUACAACGCCAUCUACCAGAUCGGUGUGUUCAUCUCCCGCUCCUCGACACCAUUCUACCGCAUCCAUCAGCUGUAUGUUCCAUCGCUUUUGCAGGUACUCAACCUGGUGGUGUUGACUCUGCAUGCGUUAUUCGAUUUCAUCCCGAGUGUUUGGAUUGUGUUCAUCAUUAUAUUCUGGGAGGGACUUCUCGGUGGCGUGGUGUAUGUCAAUACCUUUGCCGAGAUAACUGAUCGUGUACCGAAAGAGGACCGUGAAUUCUCGCUCGGAGCGACCACUGUCAGUGACUCUGGUGGUAUCUGUAUUGCGGGACUGCUCAGUAUGGGAUGGGAGGUCUCGUUGUGUAAUUGGCAAGUAGGACAUGGGCGGGACUAUUGCCGACAAAAGACAUAG